AUGGGAGAUCGCGGGAGUGGCGGCGGAGGAGAAGGCGGCGGCCGGAUCCAGUACCCGCCCCUGACCUCUACCAACUACACUAGUUGGAGUAUCAGGGUUCAGGCGAUCAUGGAAGAUCAGGGCGUGUGGGAAGUGGUUGAGCCGGCGGGAGAAUCGUCGGAUCAAGGCGCAGCGGCGGUUGCGGCGAGGAAGGCGAAGGACACCAAGGCACGGGCGCAUCUGCUCCAGUGCCUGCCCGAUGACUUGUUGAUGCAGGUCGCCAUGAAGAAGACCGGGAAGGAGGUCUGGGACUCGCUCAAGGCGAGAUUCGUGGGGGAGGAGCGUGUCAAGGAGGCGAGAUUGCAGACGCUGAAGAGCGAGUUUGAUGGAUUGAGGAUGAAGGAUGAUGAAUCGAUUGACAGUUAUGCAGGAAAACUGACGAGUAUGUCAUUCUUUGACCUCAAGAAGAUCGCCUUCGACGAAGCUAUCGGUCGGCUCAAGGCAUUUGAGGAGAGGACCAAGCGGGGAGCAGGAGGUUCUCGGUCAAAGCCCGGCCAGGUGCUGUUGACACAAGCUGAGUGGGAGGCUCGGCAGAAGAAGUCCACUAGAGAGGGAUCUAGUGGUGGAAGGAGUCAUGGCGGUGGCUGUGGAUGGGGUCGUGGCCGCGGCGGUGGAAGCAGUGGGCGCGGCAGUCAUGGCGAUGGUGGCAGAGAUGGCGCGGGGAAGCAUGACAAAAGCCACAUCAAGUGUUUUAAGUGCCACACCUAUGGACACUAUGCCAACAGGUGUCCAGGAGGUGGUGAGAAGAAGAAAGAAGAGGAGGCACAUCAUGUCAAGAAGGUGGAGUAUGAGCCUACAGUUUUGCUUGCUGAAACGGAGGAACCGGGACAGCUCAAGCAUCUGUUGUCGGAAAACAGUCAGGCUGAGGAAGUGUGUUGUCUGAAUGAUGGUGAACAGUGUAUGCAGGAGGAACUGUGUCUGAAUGAGAUUCAUCUCGAUUCAGAGUUGCUGUUUGCAGGUGCUGACAAGUCAUGUGGUGAUCUCUGGUACCUUGAUAAUGGUGCUAGCAAUCAUAUGACAGGGGAUCAUCAGAAAUUCAGGAACAUUGACACCACCAUCGGUGGCAAGGAGGGCAGUAAAGCACAUAGACUGUAUAAUCCUCAAACCAAGAAAAUAGUAGUCAGCAGGGAUGUCAUCUUUGAAGAAGCAGUAGCUUGGAAUUGGAGUUCAGAGUUUGGUGAAAACUCAGAAUUUAUUGUUGAAGAAAAUGAUGAAAACAUGUUUCAACCAUGGACUAGGGGACAGUUUGGUGGUGGUCAUGUUGAUGGAGAUAAUCACAGUGAUCAUCAUUCAGGGGGAGCUGAUGAUGGUCACCAGUUUGAUGCACCUAGUGGAAACAACUUUGAUGGUGUAACUGAAAAUUCAAGUGGAACAGGAGAGAACUCACAUUCAGGUUCUGUUCACAGUCAGGCAACAGGAGCAACAGCAUCAGAAAGUGUAGAGACAGGAGAUGUACCUGCUGAGAUGGAUGUUGAUGGCACUGUGGAUAUUGAUGAUGGACCUAUGAGAUUUAGAAACUUGAAUGAAGUAUAUCAGGAUUCAGUGGAAGUAGAACUGAACUAUGACAGUGAAAAUUCCCACAAGGACAAGACAGUAGCACUGUCAUCCUGUGAAGCUGAAUUCAUGGCAGCAACUGCAGCUGCCAAGCAAGCUUUAUGGCUUAGAAAUCUAUUGGGAGAAAUCAUAGUAACAGAACCAAGGGUAGUGACUUUGUUUGUGGAUAACAACUCAACCAUUGCAUUGAUGAAGAACCCUGUGUUUCAUGGCCGCAGCAAACACAUAGAUGUUAAGUUUCACUUCAUCAAAGAAUGUGUAGAGCGUGGUCAAAUCAAUGUGAAGAAGGUGAACACUCUUGAUCAGAAAGCAAAUGCACUGACAAAGUCUAUGUCUGCAAUCAAGCUAUCUGUGAUGAGACACUUGCUCGGUGUCCGAGAAAUUGAGGAUCAACAGACUUAA